AUGGCGCCCGAACCAAACGGAUCCACUCCAAAGGCCAACUUUAUCGUUGUUGGAGCUGGCUAUGCCGGCUUAGCUGCAUCCAUCGAGCUUGCUAAGAGGGGAUAUGCGGUCGAGGUCUUUGAGUCUACCAGGGACCUCACCAAUCAAGGAGAUGUAAUUCAGAUUAGUUCGUAUGCAACGUUGUUGAUGUCGAAUUGGGGUAAUGUCCUUGAGGAGUCAGUCAAGAUUUCCUCCAUUGUCCCAAGCUUGACCUACUUCGAUUGGAAGGGAAAGCCAAUUAUUGAAGCGCCUCUGCCUCAGGAGUUUGGAGGCUUCCCUAUCCUAUACAGCAAGAGAGGGGAGAUACAAAGACUGAUGUUUGAGCACGCUAAAUCAAUUGGUGUCAAAUUUCGCUUUGGAGUACGCGUUACCAGCUACUUUGAGGAGGGAGACAAGGCCGGUAUCUAUCUUGGAGCCGAAAGAUUCGAGGCAUGCGGCGUUAUCGCUGCAGAUGGCAUCCACAGCCAUGCACGCUCAGUCGUCACUGGAAAACCAGCUACGGCGAAAACUAGUGGGUUUGCCAUAUACAGGUCUUGGUUCAAUCUCGACACGCUCAGGGACGAUCCCUUGACUCGGGCUUAUGCUGAGUCGCCGAGAGACAAGUUCCACGUUUGGCUUGGCCACAAUACUCACUGCAUCGUCAUGACGAAUACAAAGCUGCGCGGCGCAGUGCUCUUCUGCACACACAAGGCGAGUUCUGGCGGUCAGGAGUCGUGGACUUGCCCUGGCAAGGUGUCAGACAUACUCGAGGUCAUGGAUGGUUGGGAUGAGGUACUCAAAGCGGUUGCAAAGCAUAUCCCAGAAGACAACCUCAUCGACUGGAAACUCUUAUGGCGCGAUCCUGCAAAGAAAUGGGUUUCAGACAACGGUCGAAUUCAACCUCGUGCUGAUCGUUCUCUGCUAGUUGGCGAUGCAGCUCAUCCACAUCUCCCCACGUCCGGCUCUGGGGCAGGCCAGGCAUUUGAAGAUGCCGCCACCAUCGGAACGCUCAUCGGCAAGAAGGGCAUAGCAAAUCUCCCUGUUCUCUUCAGGGCGUAUGAGAACCUCCGUUAUGAGAGAACCAGCCUCACCCAACGCCUCGGCUGGGAGACCCGUCACCGAUGGCAUCAAACUAACUGGGACGUGGUUAAGGCGAAUCCUGCUUUGGUAAAAAUGCCUCAGCCAGAAUGGCUCUAUGGGGCCAAUGCGAUAAAGUAUACUAUUGACAAUAUGGACGCCGCUAUCGACAACGUCGAGAAGGGGAGCCCCUUCAUAAGUACCAACGUUCCGGAAGGCCAUGAGCACGAAGACUGGAGUGUAGAGUCUAUGAUGGAGCUGGAGAAACAACAGUCACAGGCAUCCUUCUACACCGCGAGCGUAGACGUGCGAUGA